GCAGACAGGUUUCGUGAUCCACACGCGCAAGAAUUGCCAAUAGCGAGGAUAAAGAAAAUCAUGAAGCUAGACGAAGAGGUUAAGGCGCAGAUGAUUAGCGCAGAGGCACCAAUUCUGUUGGCGAAAGCAGCGGAGAUGUUUAUUGAGGAACUGACCUUACGCGCAUGGGUCCACACAGAAGACGGAAAACGUAAAACAUUGCAGAAAAGUGAUAUCUCGAAGGCAGUCUCAAAGUACGAUCAGUUCGAUUUUCUCAUCGACAUUAUACCGCGGGAAGAAGUGAAAGUGGGGCAAGUGGUAACAAUGUUCGGAAUAAAUAUCCCUCAGAUGCUUUUUUUAUUUAACUUUUUUUUUCAGAUGGAUGCUACCUCUACUGCCGCAGCAGCGACCGCGAAUACGGGAGUAACAAUGGGACCUGAGCAGAUGCAGUACUUCCUGCAGUUAGGCGGCCUGACGACUUCAGUAUCUACGUCGAGCAGCAAUGCUUUGUCGUUGACGACCGCCGCUGCUGCUACACAGUCAACCAUUCCUCAGACGGUGCAGCUUCAAGGUGGCCAACUUUUGCACGCGACGCAAAUUGGCCAACCGAUCCAACUAAUUACCGGUGCUGGGGAUAUCCAGGUUAUUGAGUUUGUUCGCCUUAAAAUCUACAGUACCAUCUUCGACGGCGAGUGCACCACUAUGCUCUUUAGCAGUUCAUCACAACCGACGGCUCGGUACAGCACACUCCGAUUCACUUAUCGGCGGCGCAGCUGCAGUUCUUGCUGA